AUGGGCCGUGCGACUCAGGGCCUGGAUGCGAAAAGUACGCAACUCUUUGAGUCGGUCCAUUGCAUUGAAAAGCGCAUUGGCUUCGGAAAGCAUAAGGGCUACAAGAAAUAUCAGGGCCCUCAAAUAUCGUUUAUUCGGCCUCCUUUGCGCGGUUCGCUCACAAUUCCUGAGCUAUACGACUGGCAUUACGAGCAUAACCGAAACUAUCCACUCUUCAUUUACGAGGAUGAGCCAGGUAUUAUACGAUCAAUUUCCAUGGGAGAGGCAGUGCAGGGAUUGCACAGAGCAACCCAGUACCUUCGCGAGUGCACGGGCGACGUUCUCGACAUUCAACUCAGUGAGGAGAGUACAAAACAACCUGUCAUCGCCAUCCUUGCUGCAUCAGAUACGAUUUCAUUCUUCUGCGCUUAUAUAGGAGGCCUACGAACUGGUGCAACGAUAUUCCCAAUCUCGACUCGAAAUAGCGCUCCAGCAGUUGCGUUUCUUUUGUCGAGGACGAAACCAAUCGCUAUCCUUGUCUCUCCCGAGCCGACUUUGCAACAGCUCGCGGAUGAUUCCAUUGGAGCCAGCGAAUGUGCCGACCUGCGACAGAUUGCCAUGCCCACUUUCAAUGAUUUAUUCCCGAAUGCAGGACUUGAUCCACAAUUCAAGCCUGUUCCAUCGGCGAAGCUGACCAUGGACUCGCACGCUGUUAUCUACCACUCUUCUGGCACGACUUCGUUCCCAAAACCUGUUUAUUGGACACACAGAGCUUUGUCUUGCGUUUCUAUCUUACCUCUUUCUGGAGAAGUGGACGUCUCGGGUACCAUUUUUGGCUGCCACUCCACUCCUCUGUUCCACGCUUUGGGUGCUCUUCUCAUUGCAUUUCCUGCAAGCAUCGGAGUUUGUUUGGCUUUGUUUAAACCUCAGUCGCCCGCUGUUGUUCCGAAUCCAGUCAAUGUUUUUGAGGCAGCAUUGGUUGCAGAGACGGACUAUUUAUUCAGCCCGCCUUCGUUCGUAGAGACAUGGUCCCAAGUCGAUCACUAUGUCGAUGAGUUAUCAAAGAUGAAGGGCGUUGUGUAUGGUGGUGGACCACUCGCAAAGCAUGCCGGCGACCAUCUAGCCUCAAGAGGCGUCAAUAUUUAUCAAACAUAUGCGUCAACAGAAACGGCAGGAUUAAGCGCAUUUCUUCCUGAGCAUCCGGGCAUGGCUUGGGAAUAUUUCAAGUUCUUAAGCGACAGAAAGAUUCGACUAGAGCCUUUCAGUGAAAACGAGUUCAGAGUUAUAGUCCUUGAAUCGGACAACUUCAAGCCUUUCUCAAUAAACACGAAGGUGAACGGAGUGGACGGAUACGCGUCGGAUGACCUCGUAUCACCUCAUCCAACGAAGCUAGGCUACUUUAAAAUAGUAGGAAGAGCAGAUGAUCAAAUCAUCCACUCAAACGGCGAGAAGACGAAUCCAGGUCCACUUGAGACGAUGCUCAAGCAAGACUCGCAAAUUGAAGAUGCAAUCAUGUUUGGACGCGGCAGAUUCCAAUGCGGUGUGCUAAUCCAACCGAGUAAAGCUUAUCCAGUCGAUCAUUUCGACACGGUGGAACUUGAAAAGUUCCGGAAUGCAAUAUGGCCAACUGUUGAGAAAGUCAACGCAUUCGCUCCGGGCCAUUCCCGUCUUUUCAAGGAGAUGAUAAUAGUCGCGUCACCCGAGAAACCGUUUCAAUAUACUGCCAAGAGAUCGCUUCGUAGACAAGUAGUGCUUGAGGCAUACUCCAAGGAAAUCGACAAACUAUAUACUAUUGUCAAUGAUAGUGCUCAGGUUGAUAUUGCCCCACCCAAGGAUUGGUCUGAGAGUUCCGUCCUCGAUUUUAUCAGGGAUGUGGUUGCUCAGACAAUGAAGAAAGAGAUGUGUUAUUUGGGGGACGAGAAUGAUUUGUUUGAGCACGGCGCAGACAGCCUUCAGGCAACUUGGAUCCGUAACACGAUUAUACGAGCACUCCGUGGGUCUCAUCCGAAGCUUGCCCACGCUGUCAGUCCGAACUUCGUCUAUGAAAACCCUACAAUUUCCGGUCUCGCAAACCAAGUUGCUCUCAUCAUUACGGGACAUGCUACUUCCGAGGCAAAUUCACUUAGCGCAAAGAAGAAUGAAUUGCUGAAACUAGUCGAGAAAUACACAGACUCAUUCCCGGAUUUUUUCCCAUCCCCGAAGGAGAACGCAGAUGGCCACGUCGUUUUACUAACCGGAAGCACCGGCUCUCUUGGGUCAAAUUUACUCGCCACACUGUUGCAAAGUAGUUCUGUCUCGAUUGUCUACGCGCUUUCCCGCCACUCGGAUAAGCCGGUUCUUGACAGACUAAAGUCCGCUUUUGAGAAAGAAGACCUUGCUCUGAAACUAUUGCAUAGCAACAAGCUGAAGACUAUAGAAGGAGAUCCGAGUGAUUCUGGUUUUGGAAUUGAACCGGAGCGCUAUGCCGAGCUGCAAGGCACGGUGUCACACGUAAUCCAUAACGCGUGGAGAGUAAAUUUCAGCAAUUCGAUUGCUUCUUUCGAGUCGAAUAUCAGAAGUGUGCGGAAUUUCAUCGAUUUCUGCUUAGGGUGCAAAGGAACCUCCCCUGCGCGCCUCGUCUUCAUCAGUUCGAUCUCGGUCUUCCAACAGAGCCUCUCGAAGACAGCUGAACCUGAAGAACUCCUGUCAAUUGAAGACGUUCGGUUAGGUAGUGGCUAUGGAGAAUCAAAGUGGGUGGCGGAGCAAAUACUUGCCGAAGCGGCCAGAAGAACUCCGUUGAAAAUGACAAUUAUUCGACCUGGGCAACUUACGGGAGGGACGACUGGAGCGUGGAACGAGCAUGAGUGGUUUCCGAGUCUAAUAAAAUCUAGCAUUGUCCUCGGAAUGCUUCCUUCUCUCGAUGGUGUCAUUUCAUGGAUAACGACGGACAUUGCUGUCCGUGCCAUUCUCGAGAUGCUCCAAUCAGAGGAACAAGUUUUUCAUCUUGCUCAUCCUCAUCCGGUCAAGUGGAACGAAGUGAUCCAAUGGUUCUCAAAGAGUUUGGGCGUGGUCGUCGUUACGUACCGAGAAUGGAUAGAAGCCCUUGACCAGUCCAAUAAGUCAGCGCAAUCCGGCAGUGUCUCGGAACUGGAAGUGGCUCUCAAGAAGAACCCAGCAUUACGGCUUUUAGAUCUGUUCCGCUCAGUUAUAGGGACACUUGGCAAGGCGGACGACCCUUUCGGAUCCCCGACUCUCGCGCUCGAGCAUGCAUCUCGUAUCUCGAGUGUGCUGAGGAACGCGGUUCCUAUCAACGGAAAGAACGUUGAGCGGUGGGUAAUCUUCUGGAAGAAGACUGGAUUCUUGAAUUGAUGAACAGCACGCACACCAAGAUGGAUUUGGAUUUGAU